GGAUAUAAGAUGAUGGCUGAUGUCUAGUGUAAACAAACUGAGGGUUCGGGAAAGUCACUGCGUGUUGAUGUUGGCACCACUUCUCGCAGCUUGAUUUCUCGCAGCAUACUUUAGGCCGCUGUCCGAUAAAUUUAUUUAGUUUUCAAUCGAGAAGUUAUCACGGAGCUUUGAAGAUGGAGGAGAAGAUUGAAUUAAACGACCGCGGUAGUGUUGCGGUAAUGAAUGAGAAAGGUGUAAAGAAAGAAGAAGAUAUCGAGGAGAGAGAGCAGUGGGGACGCAAACUUGACUUUAUGCUCUCUUGCAUUGGCUAUGCUGUUGGUCUCGGAAAUGUAUGGAGGUUUCCGUAUCUUGCUUACGAGAACGGAGGAGGUGCCUUCCUUCUUCCAUACAUACUCUUCCUUUUCUUAUGUGGCAUGCCACUGUUCUUCAUGGAGCUUUCAGUGGGACAGUACUUGCAACUUGGUCCUAUCAGUUGCUGGAAAGCCAUUUGUCCUGCAUUUUCAGGUAUUGGUUAUGCAAUGUUGGUUGUCUCCCUUCUUGUUGGUAUCUACUACAAUGUCAUCAUUGCAUGGUGUCUCUACUACCUGUUUGAGUCAUUUCGUUCUGAUGUCCCUUGGAGACAUUGUAACAACAAAUGGAACACCCCAAGAUGUGUUGAAGGGGCAUAUAAAACCCAUCCAACAAAUGGUGUCUUAAAUAUGACCGGUAACAUUACUUGUGACAUCAACUACCAGGCUCAGUAUCUUGCAAAUGGUUCGUUUGCAAGUUGCAAAUACCUCUAUGAGUCAGCAACCAGGGUUUCCCCAAGCUCAGAGUACUGGGAACGUUAUGUCCUUGAGUUAACUGAUGAUAUUGGAAAUACUGGUGGCAUAAAAUGGGAGCUUGCAUUGACUCUCCUAGCAGCAUGGGUUAUUGUCUACUUUUGCAUGUGGAAAGGUGUUAAAUCGUCAGGAAAGGUUGUCUAUUUCACUGCAACAUUUCCCUAUGUGGUCCUGUUUGCACUUUUUAUAAGAGGUGUAACUCUAGAAGGAGCAGGUGAUGGAAUCAAAUUCUACCUAAACCCAGACUUUGAGAAGCUGAAAGACCCAGAGGUAUGGGUUAAAGCAGCUACACAGAUAUUUUAUUCGCUGGGGGUUGGUUUUGGCUCACUCGUUGCCAUGGGCAGUUAUAACAAGUUCAACAACAAUUGUCUCAGGGAUGCUGUCACCGUUUCACUCAUUAAUUGUGGCACAAGUGUGUUUGCUGGCUUUGUCAUUUUCAGUGUCAUUGGAGCUAUGUCUCAUCAGCUGCAAGUACCAAUUGAGAAAGUUGCUUCAUCAGGUCCAGGUUUGGCAUUUGUUGCAUACCCAGAAGGCAUUGCACAGAUGCCUGUCUCCCCAUUAUGGGCAAUAUUGUUCUUCCUGAUGUUGCUGACAUUGGGCCUGGAUAGUGAGUUUGCUAUGAUUGAAUGUGUUGUCACUGGUAUAUCAGAUGAAUACCCAAGACUUCUAAGAAAAUACAAAGAGAUCUUUAUCCUUAUAACUUCCAUUGUGUGCUACUUAAUUGGGCUAUCCAAUGUAACCAGGGCUGGAGCUUAUGUAUUGAAUUUAUUUGACUGGCAGUCAGGUGGUGUUUCGCUUCUGUUCUUGGCACUUUUUGAAUCAAUCUGCAUUGGAUGGUUCUAUGGCUCAGAGCGUUUACGUCACAAUGUCUUCACUAUGACAAACAAAAAGCCAGGCCUUUGGUGGUCAUUAUGCUGGAAAUAUUUCUGUCCUAUCAUCAUUGGGUCAAUUUUUGUUUUCAGUCUUGUCAAAUGGCAAGGCGUUUCAUACAAUACAACAUAUAAAUACCCAGCUUGGGCAGAAAUUCUUGGCUGGUUUUUAGCUGUGGCAUCAAUGAUCUGCAUACCCCUUGGAUUCAUAGCUGCACUUUUGGGUGGCAAAGGACCAUUACAAGAGCGCCUAUUUAAAAUCUGCAAGCCAAACGAAGUUGUCAUGAGGGAAAUCGAAGUCAGAGAGAACUUGCCACAAGACCUACCAUGCCUUGUGUAAACAUAAUCUAUAAUAAUUUCUGUAUAUUUGGUGUGAUUCUAAUAAAUUCGAGUGGAAAAAUGGGCUGCCCGGAAUUAUGGCAGUUGGAAUAUGCGUUGUCGCUCCGAACAGGUCAUUACAACACACGAUUUUCGAUGCUGUUAAAGUUCCCUGCUCGCAAACAUGCAGCUACAUGCUCAGCAACUGAUACGCAGUGACAAUUGGCCCUGAAGAGAUGAGGGAAUCCGGACGAAAGCCGAAUUCGGAAAACUUUGCUGCAAAGAGAGCAGAGAAGGAAGUGUUUAUUUAAAUUUAUGCAAGCUCAGGCUUGUCCGAGCAGUUGCUCUACUGAACGGAGGGUGGUUAUGGGAAAGGGGGGUUGGAGUGUCAUUUUCGUUGACGAUAUACCGUUAGGGUUAUACACAGCCUCGUAUACUUGGGAAUGACUACCUCCUUGUACACCCCUCCGGUCCAACCCCAAACAGACCUGCUUUUUCAGCAAAGUGUUCUGUGCCAGAUGUUAGUAAUAAUUUUUCUGAAAAAGGUUUGGACGUCACAAUUUGUUUGUUCAACAUUAUCCUGUAUCACAGAUAAAUUUUCCAUAGGAAGUUUAGCCUUAAAUUCAGAUCGGAGUUUAAAGUGUAUGGAUUUAUUUUUCUCCAAAAUAUCAUAGUUUCUCCAAAAAUUCUUGUUUUUGAUAUCCCCUGAAGAGAAAAUUUUAGGCCGUCUUCUUUUGGGAGCUAUGUAAAUUUUUAUUUCCGAUUCCUGACGUGCAAAGUGAAGUCUGUAAACCUGAGUACAGAUUCCGUUUGACGCUGUUUACAAUCAUCCAGAACUUCAUAUCUGCUGUAAGAAAGAUUACUCUACACGUUCUUUGUUGCUUCUAUAACAGAGCUUUGGACCAAACUAUGAAAAUCAUCGCUUUGAUGUUACCAGUCUGAAAAUAGCAAUCCUACUUGUUCCCGCUUUCCUGUGAUGUAUUUGUCGGUAGUAUUGGUUGGUUAAUAUUGACAUGAUCAAUAAUCUGCCAUUCUUGAUCGAUCGAUAGGCCAUUGCGGCCUCAAAGGGUCCAGGGCAAACAUUCUGCAGCUGAAAGAGUUUUUUUAUAAUAGUUUAUACAAAGUUCGUGAUUCUUUGUUGGAGAAGUUUUAGUAUGUUUUCAAAAGAAGUCGUAGUGUGCUUUUUGAUAUGUACAAAAAGAUAAAUUUCGCAAACCUGGUUACACGUGAAAGUGUAUCAACUGUUACCAACGGAGUACCGAGAUGGUGACGUCACAAUAGUCGAUAUUUAGAAUUUUUCAAUUUUGACCAUAUAUCCCAAAAGAGCAUUACAAAAUAUCACCAAUAUGAAAAAUAAGCUGAAUGUGUUACAAAUGGGCUGAGAUAUAGCCACAUGAGCACAAGCUCUUUCUCUAUCAAACACCUCUGAUUUGGCCUUGGUUCAAAUUUUAUGAACCAAGCUACCUUCCUCUAAGAUAAGUUCUCCUCUGCUUCCCCGCAUGAUUUUUAAUUUCCCUGCUCGAAAUUUUGUGGCGCUGGCGCCCAGGGUAGAACCAAGCCAGAAGAACAAUAAUCCAUUGACAAACAUGAAAUCUUUCAUUAACCAUAUCUCACCCAAUUUUAAGAUAUCCACUCAAUUUUGCCGAUUGAGAGGUAUUUUUUGCCUUUCUUUCAGAUUAUGGUGUAGAGAAUAAAAAAUUCUAAAAAUAGAUUUUUGAUGACGUCACACUGAAACUCUAUAGAGAAAUUUUCCAGUUAGGAUACUUCGCACAUGAACACUUCAUUUUCGAUAAAUUGUAUUUUAUAAUGGGUUUGUUUAUUUUAUUAGAAGCAGAUUUGUUUAUGUAUCAAGAUACUAUUUAAUAAUACAUUAAAGUAUUUGGGCUGUUUAUUUUGUUAAUGCUUUCUAGCGUUUUAGACAAUGAAUGUAUCAUAUUGUAACAUUUGUAAUUUAAACGUGAUUUUUCAAAUUAAGAAUAAUUUAUAUGCAUCUUUAUGAUUAAAAAAAAUUGCCUGCUUAUAUUUAGCAAAUUGUCAGAAUAAAACAAAAU